AUGACUGCAAAUCCAUUACUUACGUUCGAUGAGUUCUCCAACGUUAUCAAUGGGGAGCUACGCAAAACCAAAGAAACUCGUUACUCCAUCAACCCCUCGACGCUUGAACACAACCCCCCAGUCCCUGUAUCAUCCUUGAAUGAUGUAGACGAGGCUGUGGGUCAUGCAAGAAAUGCUUUCAAGACCUGGAGCAAAAUACCGCUUUCUGCGCGGCAAGACGCUGUUAUUGCCCUUGCUGCAGGCCUUCAUUCACUAAAAAGCGACUUCGCCCACCUGCUCGUCAGAGAGCAAGGCAAGCCACUCUGGGCCGCCGAAAACGAAAUCGAUGCCGCCUGUCACUGGUUGAAAGUACAAGCCGAGCUUCCUUUUUCCGAAGACGUCAUACUAGAAACGGACGAGAGAAUCAUAAAAACUAGAUACACCCCCCUUGGUGCGACCCCCAUUAUCAUAUCAAUGUCCAGAAAUACUGACCGUGAAGCAGGCGUUGCUGUUGCCCUCGUGCCGUGGAACUCGUGCGGCAAAAUUGCUCCUGCUUUGGUAACAGGAAAUACCCUCAUUGUGAAACCAUCGCAAGUACCACCCAAGAUGUCAUGCCCGUUUACUCCAUACUGCGACCUGAAACUCGUGGAGCUCGCACAGCGCUUUUUCCCACCUGGCGUACUCCAGUGCCUGAGCGGAGACGACAACCUUGGUCCUUGGCUAACGGCACAUGGAGGAAUCAACAAAGUCAGCUUCACCGGAUCGACAGCAACUGGGAAGCUCGUAAUGAAGAGCUGUGCAAAUACCCUCAAGCGCGUGACGCUGGAGCUAGGAGGGAAUGAUCCCGCCAUUAUAUGUGAAGAUGUCGACGUGGCUGAGCUUGCCUUCUCCAACUCGGGUCAGGUUUGCGUCGCUAUUAAACGAGCCUAUGUCCAUUCUUCAAUUUAUGACGAGUUUCUCAGGAAUAUGGUAGAUAUAACGACGUCUAUGGGCGUCGGAGACGGUCUCGCAGACAAUCUUUCUCUUGGUCCACUUCAGAAUGCGAUGCAAUAUGACCGCGUCAGGGACCUUUUGAAAGAUGUUAAAACUACAGGGCUAGAUAUAUCUACUGGAGAACCAAUUUCCAGCGAUCUCAAAGCCAAUGGUUACUUCAUCCGACCAACAAUCGUGAAUAACCCUCCUCAAAGCUCUCGCAUCGUCAGAGAGGAACCGUUUGGCCCAGUUAUUCCGUUACUGAAAUGGGAUACGGAGGAACAGGUUCUCGGCUAUGCAAACGAUUCCGAUAUGGGCUUGAGCGCGUCGGUAUGGACUCGAGACGUUGCUCGGGCAGAACGCAUCGCGCUCCAACUCGAAGCCGGGACGGUCUGGGUCAAUAGUCAUCUAGAACUUCGCCCUGAUGCUGCUUUUGGCGGUCAUAAGCAAAGUGGACUCGGGGCAGAAUGGGGCCAGGAGGGACUGAGGAGCUAUUGCAACACGCAGACGUUGUUUUUGGCAAAGAAAUAG